AUGCUUGGUGGAAUAAGAUCGAAGUUUGUAAGGAAUUUGGUCACCAAUGGUGCGCGUGCGUCUCACAGACCGCAGGGACGCCUGUUAUCUGGUUCUAAAAGAUAUUUGGCUACUCACAGAGUUGCAAAAGACCAGAAAUUUGUAUACCCACUUGUAGUGGGUGCGUUGGGUUUAGGAGCAGUCGCUGCCAGCGCAUUGCAUUGGGGUUCAGUCAUCGACAACGGUCCAGUCAAAGAUCCCACUAAGAAACCCAUAAAACCCGAAGAGGUUAGUCGCCAUUGCACUCCGGAAGAUUGCUGGGUUGUAAUUGAUGGGUAUGUUUACGAUUUGACCGAUUUCAUUGAUGUUCAUCCUGGAGGGCGGGCAAUAAUCGAGGCAAACGCUGGUAAGGAUGUCAGCAAAGUAUUCGAUCCGCUGCAUGCUCCCGAUGUGAUUGAAAAAUACAUUGCUCCCGAAAAGCGUCUUGGUCCUUUAGAUGGCCAGAUGCCUGAAGAUCGCAUCACUCCUGCAUUGACUCCCGGUGAAACUCCGGAGGAUGUGGCUGAAAAGGAAAGACUUCGCCAAGCUCUUCCAGAUCUGGACUCUUUGAUUAAUCUCUACGAUUUUGAAUAUUUGGCCUCCCAGAUCCUAACGAAGCAAGCCUGGUGCUAUUACUCGUCUGCUGCUGAAGAUGAGUUUACUCACAGAGAAAAUCAUGCCGCAUAUCACCGUAUUUUCUUCAAGCCUCGUGUGUUGGUGGAUGUCCGUCAAGUUGACACAUCUACUGAAAUGCUGGGCCAAAAGGUGGACGUGCCAUUUUAUGUCAGUGCGACCGCGCUAGUGAAACUCGGGAACCCUCAGGAGGGUGAAAAAGAUAUUGCAAGAGGUUGUGGUGAAGGUUCUGUCAAGUGUCCUCAAAUGAUUUCGACCUUGGCAUCAUGUUCCUUGCAGGAAAUCGUUGAAGCUGCUCCUUCUAAAGAACAAAUCCAAUGGUUUCAAUUGUACGUUAAUGCAGACAGAUCUAUUACUGAUAAGUUGAUUUCUGACGUUGAAAGAUUGGGUUUGAAAGCUAUCUUCGUUACUGUUGACGCGCCAUCUUUAGGUAGACGUGAGAAGGACAUGCAGGUCAAGUUUUCUUCCAAAAGUGCUCCGCAAAGAAUGAAGAACACAAGUGACGCGCGUGGUGCCUCUAGAGCAUUGUCCACUUUCAUUGACCCUUCACUCACUUGGGAUGACAUUAUCGAGUUCAAGAAAAAAACUAAACUUCCAAUUGUUAUUAAGGGUAUUCAGCGGGUAGAAGAUGUUUUGAAAGCUGCGGAAAUAGGAGUAGAUGGUGUCGUAUUGUCGAACCACGGUGGAAGACAAUUGGAUUUUGCACGUCCACCUAUCGAAGUCUUGGCAGAAACUGUUCCGAUUUUGAAAGAGAAACACCUAGAUGACAAACUUGAAAUUUUCAUUGACGGGGGUGUACGUCGUGGUACCGAUAUUCUCAAGGCGCUAUGCUUAGGUGCUAAGGGUGUGGGUCUCGGGAGACCUUUCUUGUACGCCAACAGUUGUUAUGGCAAAGCCGGUGUUGAGAGAGCAGUUCAAAUGCUAACAGAAGAGGUGGAGUAUGCGAUGAGGCUACUCGGUGUCAACUCAAUCAAGGAAUUGAAUCCUGAGCUUCUAGAUUUGAGCAGUCUUGGAAGCAGAUCAGUAGGUUUUCCGGAAGACUUCUUGUAUAAAGGCGUUUACCAAAAAGCUCAAACAGCUCAAUUCAAGGAUACGGAUUAG